AUGUUGCAUUCGACGAGCGGUGAGGUGUAUAUGCACUGUUUGGAUUUCUCUAGACGAGUUCUCUUUCUGUCACACGUGAUAAUAAAAAUAAUAUAGAUAAUACAAAUAUUCUUUAUAUAAUCAAUAUAAUAUUGUUAAAAUGGAAUCCAGUAAAUCUGAAUCUACACCGAAACAGGCUAUGGUAUACAUCUGCGGAGAGUGUCAUCAAGACAAUGAGAUUCGUCCCAGAGAUCCGAUUCGCUGCAGGGAAUGCGGAUACAGGAUCAUGUACAAGAAGCGCACUAAAAGACUUGUCGUAUUUGAUGCGCGAUAAGCAUACAUGUUACAGAUGAUAUGACGAUAUAAUGGACCAUUAUCGUUUCUUGUAUCAUAAAGUAUUUGUUGAUUCGUAUAUAAGGGUCAUUUAAUUUUUAAUAAAAAGAGUGUGCACAU